GACGUCUCGGGUGGAAACAUCGCAAAGACAUCGCGACUCACACGAGGGAAGGAAAAUGAGUGCCCUUUGUUUGUAAACGAUAGAAGCGGCGACAACGUAAACAAUCACCUCCCACUGUACGCCUCACGCACGCACGUUCGUUUACCACCCACCACGCCCCUUACUAUAGUUUUCAUUAGAGAUGCAAGAAACGAACCUGAAUCCGAUUGCCACGCUCAACGGAACCAAAGUGUUUCCCUCGAUAUCGCAACCGAAAGCUGUGGGAUGUUUCAGUGUCGGUCCCCAACGGGAGUUUAUUCCUUCCGGGGAAAAUUUAAAAUACCUGAGUUUGCCCAAAACGCGCCACAACGAUGAUGGCCACCACAGCAGCCGGUCGUUGCGGCUGGAUCUCAACGAAGGGUUCGAAAUCCGGGUGCCCAAGCCAGACAGUGCCAAGGAGGAACGCAUCGAUCAUCUGCUGCGAUUCAUCGUAGGAAAUUUGGACCGAUUGCGUUCCGGCGAAGUUGGCGGACCAAGGUCCAAGGUGUUGAACUGUGACUUCGUGUGCUUCCGGGGUCUGCUGCGGAUGGUGAUGUGUACUCCGUAUGAGCGGAGGACCAACUGGAUCAUCUUGGCGACACGGUACAGAGGAACGAUCUAUUUGUGCGCCAAGGACACACCGGAGAAGUUGCACGAGGAGGCUCACCAAACGGAGCAGCAAAAACGGUUCUGCUACUAUGGGUUCAAGUUUGAGCAGCAUGUCCUAACUGACCAUCCGAACAAUCGCAACCCAGAUACAACGGCCCCGGUCCAGGAAGCGGAAGAAUUCUGUGCCAUGUUCAGUACCACCCUGGAAAACAAACGUAUCCUAUACGGGGCGGAAAUGGAUGGCAUUCUGUCCGCGACCGAGCCACUCGAUAAGCACAACCUGUCCCCGGAACUUCUAAACCAGCAAGAAUUCGUCGAGGUGAAGGUGAAACGACGCGAAACGAACCAACGUCAGGCGGACAAUUUCUAUCGGUUCAAAACGCGCAACUGGUGGUGCCAGAGCUUUCUGGUGAACGUGGGAAAGAUUUUCGUUGGUUUGCGGGACGACCGAGGAAUUGUGGAUGAAAUCCGGGAGAUGAGCCUGAAGAAGCUGGACCGGGACUCCCGACAGUAUUGGUCGGCGUCCGUUUGCGUCAGCUUUGGAUCGCAGUUUUUGAGUCAAGUGGCUGAAGUUAUGCAAGGGGUUGACUGCAAGCAUACAGUUUAUAGAUUUGAGUACGACUCGAGCAGAUUUAGAAACAUAUUUUACAGUGUCCAGAGCGGGAAUGCGGAAUCAUUUCUACCCGAUUGGUAUUGUACCGAGGUCAAAUGAUGCAACCGUAGGUAAGAAUUUAAAUUGAAAAUAAAGCUCGAUAUUUAUUUAAUUUGUUUAAAAAUUA